AUGUCUCGCAGAACAUCGACUAUGGCGUCGAGCGAGCCCAGCAGCGUCCCGCCUUCAAACGACGGAGGCCAGCAAAAGCAGAAGAUGCUUCUCUCUGAAGAGCACGGUCAUUUUAGCAUGGUGAAAGCUCUCCACCUUGCCGAUCUGGUUACUGAGUUGAAUGGUUUCUGCGGAGGCAAGUUCCAGCCUUAUUCUAAAUUUGACAUUAUGCUAAUCGUCGGAGCAGUCAUGUCAGUUUUCUCGUCCAUGCGCUAUUGUCUCGGAGAUCCUACAGACUACGGUGCCAUCUGGGCUGCUCUCGCCUUUAUGCCAUUUGGUCUAUUCUUUGACUUCAUGGAUGGAAAGAUUGCACGCUGGCGCAAGAAGUCAUCCCUGAUGGGACAGGAAUUAGACUCGCUCGCAGAUCUGGUUUCUUUCGGCCUCGCUCCCGCAGCUGCCGCCUUUGCGCUCGGUAUCCGCACAAACGUCGACCACCUCAUCUUGGCCUUCUUUGUUCUGUGUGGUCUCACUCGUCUGGCCCGAUUCAACGUCACCGUGGCUGUUCUGCCGAAGGAUAAGAGCGGCAAGUCCAAGUACUUCGAGGGCACACCCAUCCCGACCACUCUUUCUAUUGCCGCCCUUAUGGCCUACUGUGUCUCUAAUAGCUGGACCCACGACAACAUUCCCUUCGGACUCAUUGCCGAAGGCACCGCUUUCGAGUUCCACCCCGCUGCUUUGCUGUUUGCCCUGCAUGGUUGCGCGAUGGUCAGCAAGACCAUCCACAUCCCUAAGCCAUAA